AUGAAAAAUCACGAGAAUCGACCUAUUGGCGCUGCACCACUCCCCGAAGUGAAUGAGGUGUAUGCCCACUACUCUAGGCGUGGAAAAGGUCGUGGCCCCGGUUGUGGUCAUGAUAAUAGUCGUGGUCGUGAUAAUAGUCGUGGUCGUGAUAAUGGUCAAGGAAGAAAUUAUUUUCCUGGUGUUAAUCACCCUUCAAAGAAAAAUUACCAUCAAAAGGGGAAAAAGAAGGAUGAGAGGCAUGAAGUGCCAGAAGCACGUGACUCAGAAAAUAAAUGCUAUCGAUGUGGUGGAAGUGGACACUGGGCCCGUACCUGUCGUACGGUGAAGCACUUGGUUGAGCUUUAUCAGGCAUCAAUAAAAAGGAAAGAGAAAAAUCCCGAAGCUCAUUUUAUCUCUGAAAAUCAAAUUGACAUCACACACUUGGAUGUAGCAGAUUGCUUUGAGCAUCCUGAAGGAAAGAUAGAUCACUUGAUUGGUGAUGGUUCUGUGGUUAGAGAUGAUUGA